GGAGGUGGGGCUGGCAAAAUGAAAAGUGAAACUGAGUGGACACUGCUCACAGCAUAAAAGAGCAGCCAAACCAGACCAAGUCAGUCACCUCACCUAAGUUGCCACUGCAGGUGCUGAAAGGAAGAACAGGCUCAGCCAAUCAGCCUCCAGAGAGACAAAGAGACGACAUCACCAGCUCAGCAACCAGACAUGGCUCCGUGGGGUGACGCCAAGCUCUUCUUCUGCAUCCUCUUCAUCACCUGCUGCUGCUGCACAGUGACAUUGGCGCAGAUACCCAUGGACUGCUGCUUGAGUGUCAGCGACAGACCAUUUGAAAAAGCUAGAGUUGUAGACUAUCGUCGACAGAUCAGCGGACAUGGCUGCUCUAUUGAUGCCAUGAUUUUUGUGACCAGACGCAGCAAGAAACUCUGUGUGCCUGCUGACAAACAGUGGAUCCAAGAGGUGGUGAAGCAUGUGGACACCUUGAAGAAAAUUUGCAAGAAACACCACUACAAGGGCAAACUCUGCACUGGAGUGAAACAAGAGUAAAGGGAGAGCAACACGUGACCCCUUCAGCAACAACAACAGCAGAGCCGGAGUGAACAACUGCAAGUCAGCGGGGAGAAGGGGUGGAUCAAACCAAUAAAUAAACAAAUAGUCAUGGUGAUUCCUAGGACUACAGAGCGCUUUCUGUUUUGUACCAUUAUAUUUUAUAAAAUUAUGUUCGAGUCACAAUGAAUAUAAAACAUUUUGAAGGAUUUUUAUAUAUAUUUUUUUAAUGAUAUUUCUGUUUUAGAAGACCCGGGAUUUCUGGAAGAAAUAUAAGAGUAUAAAAUGUGAAAGUUGUAAGAGUGUGUAGCUAACUAAACUAACUCUGAACAACUCAAAUACUCAGGCCAUUUGGUUAGUUGUAUGAAUUUAUUUGAUUGUUGUCCUUUUUCAAAAUAAAGCCAUGAUUUUUCAAAUCCUGCGCA